AUGGACACCAAAGGGAGACUAGUUGCAGGGUCUCAUAACAGGAAUGAGUUUGUUCUUAUCAAUGCUGAUGAGACUGCAAGAGUGACUGCUGUCACAGAAUUAAGUGGUCAAAUUUGUCAGAUCUGUGGGGAUGAGUUAGAGGUUACAGUGAAUGGGGAGCCAUUUGUUGCUUGCAAUGAAUGUGCAUUUCCUGUGUGCAAACCUUGCUAUGAGUAUGAAAGAAGAGAGGGUAACCAAGUUUGUCCUCAGUGUAAAACCAGAUAUAAGCGCAUCAAAGGUGAAGAAGAUUCAACCAACUUUCACUCUGAUCUAUUUAUGUCUAUUUGGCUAACACUGCAACUGAUUUCAGGUAGUGCUAGAGUUGAGGGUGAUGAAGAAGAGGAUGACACUGAUGAUUUGGAAAGCGAGUUUGAUAUUGGAGGCAAUCUUAGGCGAGAUCAUCAUCACAUGGCAGAGUCCAUGUUCUCUACACGCCUUAACUAUGGUUCAGUCAAUGGUUCAGUGAUCCACACACCAUCAGAGUUUGAUGCAGCUUCUGUGGCUUCUGAGAUCCCUCUUCUGACAUAUGGUCAAGAGGAUGUUGGCAUUUCUGCUGAUAAACAUGCACUUAUUCUUCCACCAUUCAUGGCUCGAGGGAAACGGGUUCAUCCUAUGCCUUUUCCUGAUUCAUCUGUACCUGUUCAACCCAGACCUAUGGAUCCUAAAAAGGAUAUAGCAGUGUAUGGUUAUGGAAGUGUUGCAUGGAAGGAAAGGAUGGAGGAUUGGAAGAAAAAGCAAAGUGAAAAACUUCAGGUGGUUAGGCAUGAAGGGGGUAAAGACAGUGAUGAGCUGGAUGAUCCUGACUUGCCAAAAAUGGAUGAAGGUAGACAACCACUUUGGAGAAAGCUGCCAAUUAGUUCAAGCAGGAUAAAUCCAUACAGAAUCAUAAUAGUACUCCGGAUUGCCAUUCUUGGCCUCUUUUUCCAUUAUAGAAUUCUCCAUCCAGUCAAUGAUGCAUAUGCAUUGUGGCUCACAUCAGUAAUAUGUGAAAUCUGGUUUGCUGUGUCAUGGAUUUUUGAUCAGUUCCCAAAAUGGAGCCCAAUUCUGCGUGAAACAUACCUUGAUCGUUUAUCUCUAAGGUAUGAGAAAGAAGGAAAGCCAUCUCAGUUAGCUGAUAUAGAUGUGUUUGUCAGUACAGUUGAUCCUAUGAAAGAGCCUCCACUUAUUACUGCAAACACAGUCCUGUCUAUCCUUGCUGUUGAUUAUCCAGUGGAGAAGGUUGCAUGCUAUGUCUCAGAUGAUGGUGCUGCAAUGCUUACAUUUGAAGCACUCUCUGAGACUUCCGAGUUUGCAAGAAAAUGGGUUCCAUUCUGCAAGAAGUUCAGCAUUGAACCACGGGCUCCAGAAUGGUAUUUUGCACAGAAGGUUGACUACUUGAAGGAUAAAGUGGAUGCAGCAUUCAUAAGAGAGCGUCGGGCCAUUAAGAGGGAGUAUGAAGAGUUCAAAGUGAGGAUUAAUGCAUUAGUGGCAAUGGCUCAAAAGGUUCCUGAGGAUGGUUGGACCAUGCAGGAUGGUACUCCAUGGCCUGGGAACAAUGUCAGAGAUCAUCCUGGAAUGAUACAAGUUUUCCUUGGUCAAAAUGGUGUUCGUGACAUUGAAGGAAAUGAAUUACCUCGACUUGUCUAUGUGUCCCGUGAGAAAAGACCUGGAUAUGAGCACCACAAAAAAGCUGGAGCUAUGAAUGCUUUGGUGAGAGUCUCAGCAAUAAUCACAAAUGCUCCUUACCUACUUAAUGUUGAUUGUGAUCACUACAUAAAUAAUAGUAAGGCUCUUCGUGAAGCCAUGUGUUUUAUGAUGGAUCCUACAUCAGGGAAAAAAAUAUGCUAUGUACAGUUUCCCCAAAGAUUUGAUGGGAUUGAUCGUAAUGAUAGAUACUCAAAUCGCAAUGUUGUAUUCUUUGAUAUCAAUAUGAAAGGUUUGGAUGGCAUCCAAGGACCAAUAUAUGUGGGAACUGGGUGUGUCUUCCGGAGGCAGGCAUUUUAUGGAUAUGACGCCCCUGCUACGAAGAAACCACCAAGGAAGACAUGUAACUGUUGGCCUAAAUGGUGCUGCUGUCUGUGUUGUGGAUCUAGUAAGAAAAAGAUUAAAGCAAAGUCAAGCGUGAAAAGGAAGAUUAAGAAUAAAGAUGAUACAAAGCAAAUGCAUGCACUAGAAAAUAUUGAAGAGGGAAUUGAAGGAAUUGACAAUGAGAAGUCCUCACUAAUGUCUCACCAGAAGUUUGAGAAGAGAUAUGGGCAGUCAUCUGUUUUCAUAGCUUCAACACUCAUGGAAGAUGGGGGUAUUCCAAAAGCAGCAAGUUCUGCAACACUCUUGAAAGAGGCCAUCCAUGUUAUUAGUUGUGGUUAUGAGGAUAAGACAGAAUGGGGGAAAGAGGUUGGGUGGAUAUAUGGCUCAGUUACAGAAGAUAUUUUAACAGGUUUCAAGAUGCAUUGUCAUGGUUGGAGAUCUGUGUACUGCAUGCCUAAAAGGCCUGCUUUCAAGGGUUCAGCUCCUAUAAAUCUAUCAGAUCGUCUGCAUCAAGUUCUUCGGUGGGCGCUUGGAUCUGUUGAGAUCUUUUUCAGUAGGCAUUGUCCUAUAUGGUAUGGUUAUGGUGGUGGCUUGAAGUCGCUGGAACGAUUCUCUUACAUAAACUCAGUUGUUUAUCCUCUGACUUCAAUUCCCUUAAUUGCCUACUGUGCAUUGCCAGCUGUUUGUCUGCUCACUGGGAAAUUCAUUGUCCCUGAGAUAAGUAACUAUGCCAGUAUCAUUUUCAUGGCCCUAUUCAUCUCUAUAGCUGCAACUGGAAUCCUGGAAAUGCAGUGGGGAGGUGUUGGUAUACAUGAUUGGUGGAGGAAUGAACAGUUCUGGGUUAUUGGUGGUGCCUCCUCACAUCUGUUUGCUCUCUUUCAGGGUUUGCUCAAAGUUCUGGCAGGAGUUAAUACAAACUUCACUGUCACAUCCAAAGCUGCAGAUGAUGGAGAUUUUGCUGAACUCUACAUCUUCAAGUGGACAUCCUUGUUGAUCCCUCCAUUGACCCUACUAAUCAUAAACAUAAUUGGAGUCAUUGUUGGUAUCUCAGAUGCUAUAAACAAUGGCUAUGAUUCAUGGGGUCCUUUGUUUGGAAGGCUAUUUUUUGCCCUUUGGGUCAUUGUCCAUCUCUACCCUUUCCUCAAGGGUGUCAUGGGAAAACAGGAAGGUGUUCCUACCAUCAUAUUAGUCUGGGCCAUUCUUCUGGCUUCAAUCUUAACACUACUUUGGGUGAGAAUCAACCCAUUUUUGGCCAAAAAUGAUAUAGUGUUAGAAAUUUGUGGAUUGAAGUGUGACUAA